AUGAGUGCGCGGCUCACUAUACACAGAGAAAAGGUUUACUUUGUGGUGCAAAGUCCCUGCAAUCGAAGUUGGUAUGCAGAUAUAUGUAGCCAGUGUUUGAGCUUUGACCUCAACGAAGUCAUAGAUCAAUGUCUGCAGACGCUCGACCUUCAUAAACAGAUUAUAACAUUGGCUUCACCGAGACAGUAUUUUGAGUGCAGAUGCUGUGCAACUGUGUCCCGGCGUGUGAGCAACAGCAAAACGACAUGCGCCAACUUUCCCCCGAGGCUGUUAGGCCAUCGAAGAAUGGUGUUGCACUUACUGGACGUGCACAACUACGGACGCACUGGAUACGUCAGUGCAAACAGGGGUCGUGAGGCGACGUGCAUUCACACGAGCAAAUAUAGCAACGGGAAAUGGGCAGAGAAUGGCAAGGCGACAUUAGCUGCGGAUCAUGGCGCAAAUAGUUGGCGGGGCGAAAGGUCACAAUUAAAAGGGUGGGGCACGCCGCCCCACCGGCUGCCGCACAGCGGUAGAGCUCUUACACUUCGACACUCGAUGCGCCUUGAUGGCAUGCUCAAUUGCAUCUUUCUCUAUCCUGCUUCGGGAACGGUCACGCAUCGCCGCCGAAAACCAACGAAUGAUUACCCUCUUGCCAUGGGCUGCAUACCGAGUAGAGUCGUGCGAGAACGGCUUGAACAUGCCACGAUCGAUGACCUCCUGCAGGACAACGAAGUAAGCUCCGCCUGGGCCGGAGGUGAACAAAGUACCGGAUUUGCGGGACGAAACGAUCUGAAGCCAUUACUGAGCCUCGAGGAAGGUGACACUACUCUUCACCACGAGUUGGUGCCUUUUUAUGAUUCGUGGUCCAGAAAUCCGAAGAGCUUCGUGUCUCUUGAAUCAGAUGUCCGUGGCCUCGGGUAUUUGACUAGGAUCGGCCGCGACGUCGCUCCUCCGAAAACAAAAAGCGUCGUAAAGCGAGUGAAGCGGAGGUUCCAAUGGCUGUUUGUCUACCAAGCUUCUCGAAUAAAACGAGGCUAUUCCUACCCCGAGGAAUGGGUAAGGUAUGGACAACAAUACGACAGGUUAACGUCCCGACUGGGAAUUGGUUGCUUGUUCUUGUGCCCAAGGUGGUGCAAUCGACUACCACAGGAAGGUAAUUACUUCGAGGAAGCGAUUGCGCUGUUGGAGCGGCUAUCGAUUGUUGCAAAUGCCGCUCGGAUUGAUGCGAACAGAGUCGGCACAUCAAUCCGAGAGACCCUACUUCAACCUCUUAUAUCCGGCAGAGUCGUGAACGACCAAGGCGCGACCCCGAAAUUGCAUCUCGCGUCUGAAAGCGUCUACAAUCGGAUACCUGUGGUUGUACCCUAUGAUUCACCAAUACUGCUAUACGUGCAAGCUGGGGACAUUGUCGGGCUGAGAGAGCUUUGGCAGAUUGGUCUGGCGACUAUAGAUACUGUAGAUCCGUAUGGCCUUGGCUUACUCUACGUACGUCCCACCCCACAGAUGGAGAAAUGGCAAGGCGGAGAAGAGAGACAAACUGACUAUCCUAAAGCCAUGGCAACGUGCAAGGUAUUACUUGAUGCCGGUGCUGAUGUGGCAUGCACUCCUAUCGAUACUAUGCUAGAUUGUGUACUAGCGCAGCCAACAAUGUCUGGCAAGCCAGAUCAUACUGCGCUUCGCGAUGUUGCAAGGCUGUUCGGGGUCCCUUUGGAUGAAGCCUGGGGACAGUACGUCGAGAGUCGAGGCUUUACGGAGCUACACGAAGUACUACUCGGCAUUUAUGGAGCAGAAGAAACGCUGGAUGAAUACCUCAAUCGUUCUGCCACCGAAGGAAGGCUAGCCGGAAUCAUCGAUGUCCCAGACUUUUCCGGUAGGAGUGCACUUGCAUGGGCGGUCGCGUACGGCUGGGCACGUGCAGCGGCAUUUCUGGUUGCGCACGGCGCCAAUGUCGACCAGCGGACACCGUCCGGACCCGGCGAACUACCCGUGUUGCACAUUGCGCUUGCCGGGCCCGCCUCAGGCGAACCGACGUGUGACUUCUUGGAACUCUUCCGAUGCCAUUACAAUUUUGCUGCGCUGCAGUCGUUCGCCCAUCAACAUAAGCGCUCUCAACUACGAAGGCAAAACGGCUGCACAGGUGGCAGCGGAAAGCGGGGCGGAUCUGAUGCUCAUUGA